GGAUGAUCGACGUGGCUGUGGGAGAUGCAGCGGUGGACUUGAUGGGGCUGGUGCAGAAUAGAGAGAUACGAAUGCUCAAGACGGCCCGAGGAUCAGCUGUGGUGUACUUUGACAGCAGGGACUGGGGAAACUUUCUCUGCCAUCCCCUUGUCGCGUCAGCAAGGCUCGGGGACGACGAUCAGUUCGUCUUCAGACGCGUCGGCAAGGUGGAUACUAAAGGGGGAAAGGCUACCUUCAGCGGAACAUACAAGGGACAGCAGUUCGACCUUUACUUGUCCAAGGAUGGUGCAGGAGAGCUCAUUGUUGGAAUAGAGAAUGAUUUGACGUCAACAACAAAGACCAUGACGACUGCGACAGCGUCAUACUCUACAACAACAUCCACAGCAACAGCAGCAACAGCAACAGCAACAGCAACAGCAAAAGCAGCCACUACAUCAGCAACAGUAUCAACGAUCGAUCUGUGCCAAAAGCUCAAGGUUUGGUUUUCAAACCUCGAGAUCAACUUGGACGGCGCAAGGUUUCGAUUCAAGAAUUUGCAGUUCGCGCGAUUCGACAAUCUCGUCCUGGAGCUGGACAUCGCAGUGGACAAGUUCCCCAAUCCCAUCACGACGACGUUCUGAAGUCAAACAGCACAGGAUCAAGUCACCCUUACUUCCUCUGCCAGCAGCUCCUCUUGUUCGUCAUGAUCUGCCAUGGAAACAAGUGUAAGAUG